GGGAGGUUUGGCUUGUAACCAUGCUGUGCACUUGCUGGCUGUGAGAUGCCAGAAGGUCCUGCCUCUCCUCAGUGUCCUCAGGAACUGGUGCAGUGGGAUGGGAGGGGCGGAGUAGGGACCGCUUCCAACUCCAGAAUGACAGGCAGGCUGGCCUGCUGCAAGAAGCCUAGCGGGUCACUCCACCCGAGUGGCUUCGCGGUGAUGAGGUCUAGCUGGACCGGAGUGUAAAUGGCCUCUACCUUUAGCCCCAGAGAGUGCAAAUUGUCCAAACAAGAGGGGCAGAACUACGGCUUCUUCCUGCGCAUUGAGAAGGACACUGAUGGCCACCUGGUCCGGGUGAUUGAGAAGGGGAGCCCAGCAGAGAAAGCAGGGCUCCUGGAUGGGGACAGAGUUCUCCGGAUCAAUGGUGUCUUUGUUGACAAGGAAGAGCAUGCACAGGUGGUGGAUCUGGUCAGAAAGAGCGGGAAUUCAGUGACUCUGCUGGUUCUGGAUGGAGACUCCUAUGAGAAGGCUAUAAAAAAACAGGUGGACUUGAAAGAAUUGGAUCCGAGCCAGAGGGAGCCAGCUUCUAAUGAUAAGAAACCAGGUCCUGUGAUGAAUGGGGCAGUGGAGACAUGCGCCCAGCCACGGCUCUGCUACCUGGUGAAGGAGGGCAGCAACUUCGGCUUCUCUCUGAAAACCAUCCAAGGCAAAAAGGGCGUGUACCUGACUGACAUAACACCUCAGGGAGUGGCCAUGAGAGCUGGGGUCCUGGCCGACGAUCUCUUGGUUGAAGUGAACGGAGAAAACGUAGAGAACGCCAGUCACGAGGAAGUGGUGGCAAAGGUGAAGAAGGCGGGGAGCCGUAUGGUGUUCCUCCUUGUGGACAAGGAGACUGCCAAGCGCCAUGAUGAACAGAAGACACAGUUCAAGAGGGAAACAGCCAGUUUGAAACUGCUGCCCCACCAGCCCCGGGUGGUGGAGAUCAGGAAGGGAAGCAAUGGUUACGGGUUCUACCUGAGGGCAGGCUCUGGACAGAAAGGUCAGAUCACCAAGGACAUAGAACCUGGGAGCCCAGCCGAGGCAGCUGGCUUGAAGAACAACGACUUGGUGGUUGCUGUCAAUGGCGUGUCCGUGGAAGGCCUCGAUCACGACAGUGUGGUGGGAAGGAUCAAGGAGGGUGGAGACCAGACCACACUGCUGGUGGUGGACAAAGAGGCCGACAGCAUCUAUGGACUGGCUCGUUUUUCUCCACUUCUUUACUGCCAAAGUCAAGAACUGCCUAAUGGUUCUGUCAGGGAAGCUGCAGCUCCUGUCCCUGCUCCUCUGGAGGCCACAAGUCCAGACACUACAGAGGAUGAGGAGGAUCAUAAACCUAAGCUCUGUAGACUGAUUAAAGUCGACGACAGCUUUGGCUUUCACCUGAAUGCCAUUCGGGGUCAGCCAGGCUCCUUUGUCAAAGAGGUACAGGAGGGUGGCCCUGCGGACAAGGCUGGGCUGGAGGAUGAGGACGUCAUCAUUGAAGUGAACGGGGAGAGUGUGCAGGAGGAACCCUACGAGAAAGUAGUGGACAGGAUCAAGAGCAGCGGGGAGCACGUCACUCUCCUGGUCUGUGGAAAGAAGGCCUACGACUACUUCCAAGCCAAGAAAAUCCCCAUCGUUUCCUCCAUGGCGGACCCCCUGGACAUCUGUUCUGAUGACAGAGGAGGAAUGUCUGCAGAGUCAGAGCUUGACCCCCACACAGCAAGAGAACGAGUGAGUGGUGACCCGCUUCUUGGGAGUCGGAACACAGGGCGACCAACCUGUCAGGGUUUGGGAGGAGAGGAGGUAGGAAGGACGGGGACAGAUUUAUUGUCGUCUUAGAAGUGCGGCCUCAGUGUGGAGCCCAGGCUGAUCUAGAACUCGCCACCCUCUUGUCUCAGCCUCCUGAGUGCUGGGAUUGUGGCUCAUGAGGUUAUUUUCUUAGCAUGCGGCUGGCAAUCAGUAAAUGAGGAUUUUAUCAGAAUCACGACGGAGACCAUCAGAAGAACCAGCUUGGUUCUCCCGCACAUCAGCGGACUUCCUGGCUCUGUGCUUUAGCUUGCCUACCUAUAAAACAGGGAUGAUAUGCACAACCGUUUUCAGAAUAAAAGUAUUUGAACAGUGCCUGGCUCACAGUGAGUAAACACACAGAGAUGGUUAGGGCAGUAUUUUUUCUAGUCAACUUUUUCUUCAUAGAUGAACUUGAGAUUCAAAAAUGAAUUGGGGGCUGGAGAGAUGGCUCAGAGGUUAAGAGCACUGGCUGCUCUUCCAGAGGUCCUGAGUUCAAUUCCCAGCAACCACAUGGUGGCUCACAACCACCUGUAAUGAGAUCUGGUGCCCUCAAAAAUGAAUUGAUGGCCAAGUUCAUAAAAGGAAAUUUACUGGAGUCAGGCUUUUGAUGAAAAGUCUCACUACACUUUUCCUUUCCAUUGUAUUAUUUCUACUGAUAGAUUAGCAAUGUCAAUUAUGGUGCUAUAGUAGUCUUAUAGAAAACGGAUUACAUAUAUACAAUCAUACAUAUAUAGACGAGAACUUCGUUUGCGUUAAAUAGGAAGCCAAGCAUAGAUGUCAGACCAUGUCUUCUAGGAGUGCACGGCUCUCCUCCCUGACUUAAGCAUGCAGUCUAGAGCAGGCCAGGCUCUCCUGCGGCUCACACUCUGCCCGUCUAAACCCUCGGGUUUGUUUUCACAGACUCACAGCACAGCCUCGCAUUCUUCUUCCAACUCUGAGGACACAGAGAUGUGAUGAGAACAAACGGUGAUUUUGGCUACUGGAUUCCUCUUACAUGUCCAAGAACUUCCUUUCCAAGGAAGGAGCCCUCUGCUGGCCCCAUUAGGCCUCUAGAAUCACUCAUUCCACGUGAUGGUCUGCCGUUGUAAGGGCUGCUCAAUUUAGCUGGAGGGAGUGGCCAGGUUCUUUCUAUGUGAUAUCUGCCCAAGUACAGCUUUCCAUUUUUGCUGAUGAAACCUCUUCUGUCUGCAUCCUGAGCACCAGAGAUGAUUCGUUUGUGUAUGUUUGAGUGUGGCUAAUAAAAGUUCCAAGCAGACAUCCUGCUGGAGGUGUGUCUCUGUA